AUGCCAGAAGCACAAAUGGAUUCAUUAUUUCAAAAUUAUAAAAAUAUAACUUUUCACUCAUCAAUUAAAAAUAAUAAAGAAAUAUACAAUGUUGGUGAUGCAGUUGAAGUUGCAUCAGAUAAUGAACUUUCAGGUAGAUGGUCAGGUAUUAUCAAUUCAAUAUCAAUGAUUGAAAUGGAUGAUAACAUAAUAAAACAUGCAAUAUUAUUAAAUUAUUUUGACAAAUAUGUUGGUGACCAAUUUAAUAAAUACCAUUUUCUUUCAAAUGAAUUAAAUUAUAUUACAUAUGAUAAUAUUCUAAAUAAUGUUAUACCAAUUCAAAUUGAUGAUACCAAUUACCUUAUAAUUUACAAAUGCCACGAUAAAUUCUCGGCUUCAAAAAAUAAAAAAUUAAAAAAUUAA